GUUCUUGCAGCCCUGGUGUUAUUUGUGCGGGUGAAAUUGUUAAAAAAAACAAAUGGCUCAAGUUCAGGGUUCCUGCGAAAGUUUCUGUCCUGAUAGAGAGGCAAAAAUGCGCAUUCGCGAAAAGCUCCUUCAUUACUUUGAGUUGAAGAAUGGGCAGAAGAAUAUACCUGGAGUCCUUGUCAAGGAGUUCACACGCUCUGCCGCCGAUGUUAAAAUGCCAUUACCCAACGAAUUGCGGACGGAAGCGUCUCUGACAAAAACAGUGGAAUAUCUGCUUAAGGACAUAAUCCUAGACACACGGAAACCGUAUAACUGGGCCUAUGACUUUAUAUUCGAUCGUUUAAGGGCAGUGCGGCGAGAGAUCGUGAUCCAGAUGUAUGAUGCCAGCCAGAAAAUCCGAUUGCUAGAGCCCAUUGUAAUGUUUUUGGCCUACAGCCGCUAUCGGUUGUGCGAGGAGUCCAUCGAGAAGUUUGAUCCUAAAAUAUGCAACCAGCACCUGCAGGAGUGCCUCACAGGAGUGCUCUGUUGUUAUGACGAGUUGGAGGAUCUAGAAUCCCACAAAGAACCUACCAUUCGAGAACUGGAACGUCGCUGCUUUAUAGAGUGCCUGUAUCAGGUGUUCAACUUAGGUUCCCCGGAGUCCUUUGCCCGUAGUCUAACUUUACCAGAUUAUGUGCGUCAGAAUGCGACUUUUAAACUGUGUUUCCAGAUCUGUUUGGCCUUUCAGCAGGGAAACUUGUAUAGAGUUCUAAUGGGUUUUCCCCAAUUGCCACAUGUUCUAUGUGCAUUAGCUGCUAUUAAGUUGCAGGCGAUUCGAAGGAGUUUACUGCAGAUUUUCACGCAUGCCUACAGCAACAAACAACUUUCUGUGCCGGUUCCUUACUUGUUGCGUUUACUGUUAAUCGAUUCGACUUCAGGACUUCAGGAUCAGUGUCGACAUUAUAAUAUAGCCUUUACAGACGAUAGAAAGGCGGUACAUUUUAGUAAGGCUGAUUUCAACCAUAACACAGAUUUGUUAAAACCAAAACACGAGCGCUUUGUGGAGUCUAAACUAAAGCGAAUUUAUUUGCCGGAGGUAUUGUUGCUAAAGAAAUUUUACUAGUCAUUUAAACAAAUUGUAAAUUGUAAAUAGAUUAAAUAAAAAAAAAACCAUGGUAA